UUUCCUGCCGCGCCAACYCUUCCUCAUCACAGUUUUGCAGGGGUKUAGUUGGGGAAUUUGCAAUGGUGGUGCCUGCUCAGCUCACAGCKGAGGCUGUUAAUCAGCUUAGAGAAGGUAUUGAUCUGCUUCUUGCUCGAUGGAGUGCACUUCAGAUGGCUGUUCAGAAUGAAUGGGGUGGACGUGACACUAGACAGAAAGUCCAACAACUUGCUGUUGAUAUUUAUCACUGGCUAAUCAGACCUACUGAGGCAUUAUAUGUCGAUGAUUUGGAGAAUGUUCUUGAUGAUUUUAUGCUCUCUCUUAAUACCGAGAUUGAUGAUGGCAGCAUUGAGGAGAUAGCGGAGAAUCUAAUGAUCAUGCAUGAAGAAUGUUUGGAAGGUAAUUUUGUUUCAAUUGAAAGACUAAGGCAAUCUGCUCCUCAAAACGGUGCUAUCCACCGCUUGCAGGUUGUCAAUGGUGGUGAAGAUGACUCGGAUUCGACCUCAACUUCAGGGGACGAGUCAAUGGAGAUGGCCGAUGAUCUUGACCCAUCUCCAAACAUGACAGAUACAACUCUUGGGGAGCCAACACGGGCACAAGCACCAACGGUUGAUGCGGAUGGCUGGACCGUAGUCUCGUCUAGGAGAAACAGAGGCAGCGGGCGUUAAUAUUUUGUUUUAAUAACAUAUAUUUAUAGAAUUCAAGUUUGGGAAAAGAUCAUGCUUCUAUUACAAGUAUGUGGUGCUUUUAAGUUGGUUCUUUGUUUGUGAGCUUUAUUUUGCUGUAUUAUUUGGUUGUCAUUGUGUAUCAUGAUGCAUUUAACACUACAUUUAUAUAAUUUUGACAAAGCAUUGA